AUGUUCGCGCGCAUAGCUGUCUACCGUAAUCUAGGUGGAGCAACCUUUCAAAGCCGCUCCGCAUUUUCAAAACUUUUGCAUUUUCUUCCACUACGCAGAACGCCGUGCUUUUUUCGCGGUUAAAAGCUAGAAAUGCACGGCAAAUAAAGUUGAAAAAAAGAAACUUGAAGGAUUGCGAAGCAUUCAGGGAACUCUUGAAAUUGAUUCGCCGCGCAUCUCAAAUCACAUUCGAUCGCUGAAAUAUUCUCUUCGUAUGUUUUUUUUUGUCCUUCGACCGUUUAAAUCUUUUUUGUGUCUUGCUUUUUUUAUCAUGCGUGUCAAUAAUGUUGGAAUACUGUCUGAUUUUUCCCAGAAAACAUUCGAAAACUACAUUUUAAAAAAAUGCUUUCUUGGCGUAUUUUCACUUGUACCUCUUACAGUCUUGCUUCAUUCACAAGGAGCAUGCAAAAUAAUGGUUUCCAAUACUCCGAGUCCAGACUUUGUCGAUCUUUGGAAAAGAUCUGAAAAAAGCGGUCUCGACGAGAAAAGCAGAGUGGCCGAUGAAACUUCUCUAUCAAGAUCGAGGUAAGCUGAAAACUAUCAUUUUGAGUCUCAUCUUUAGUUUUUCAGUUUGACCGAAAGGUUUUCCGGGAAACGUUCGGCGAUAUGGGCGAACAUGUCGAUGUUGUCGAGGUCGGACCAGGCCCAACUCAUGAGCCGACUCUCCACUGAAUGGCCUUACGCGACCGAGAGAAGGACCGUUUCUUGGCCUCUUCACGUCGGUCUCUUCGCCAACUGCGUGACCGCUUCGCUGAUAUGUUAGUUUCUCUAUUGAAAAGGAUAGAUAAUGAUGGUAGGAAGCUUAUAACGAGCUAUUUUUAAAGUGAAUUUUUCUUAUCUUUCCGACUCGUCCGACUUUUUUUCUUCUCGAUCGCAUUUUUCUUGAAAAAUUGAUAGUUUAUAGUUUUUUUUUGCGUAUUAGUUGCCUUAAGAACGUUUGUAAAGGAAAGUAAAAAGUUUUCAUUUCGAGCGUAUAUAAUUUUAGAACAUGCUCUUUAUUUAGAAAAAAAUUAGAAAGGAUUUCAAGAAUUUAGAAGAUUGGAUCCGAACAUACCGUGCUUACAUUUGAACAAAACAAGAGAAGAGAUUUAAAAAGAAAUUAUCUGUAAAUUUUUUUUUCAACUUAUUAAUGAUUUCGAUUCAAGCGACCCGAAUCAACGCGGAGACUUUUUCUGUAUGACGCGAAAACGAGGUUUUUCGACGCGAUCAGGACGUGUCCCAAGUCGCCGUUCGUUUUCGCCGUUUACUCUUCUGGUUUGACAUAUUAUGUCAUGUACCAGGUAUCAUCGAAUAAUCAGAUAAUCGAAGAAUAAUUCUCCUGUUUCAGAUGAUGGUGACGCCGCAGGUCUUCAACGAAACGCGGCCGUGCGCCUCGUGUCUUCUGACCAAUUCCGUGGCGAUCGGACUUUUGACCGGCGUCGCUCUGCCGAUGCUCUCAACCCCAUAUCUUGCUCAUUAUGUCGUCAGUUUUUCUUAGUUUGAAAAUUCUCACCUGACAAUGAAAGUAUAAAAACCAUAGGGUCGUUGAACUAUUUUAGUUUGGAAAAAGAGCUUUUUGGAUUAUAUCAGUUCUGUGAAAUCAGAUUUUGAAUUUUGAUAGUUCAAGGUAACUUCUUUUUCUAGAACCUUCUGAUUUGAGAUUGUUUGUUUGUUUUUUCAAAAACUUGUUUCUUUUUGAAAAUAUAGCGCUUCAAAGUUUCCUGGAGUAAUAUCAUGUGUAUUUUUUUGUGUUUUUCCGAAAAGAAGCUAGGGGUACUAAAAAAAGAUCCGCCCCUGAACAAAUAGUUAUUUAUUAGAAAAAAAGGCUAAUUCAAAGUUUCGAUCAAGAUUUUUGUAAUUUUUCAUAGUUGGGUAGUGAAAAUCGGGGGCUCGAACUUUUCCUUUUAAAAAAAGACUGUCAUUGGAAUCUUAUUAUUAUAGUUCACAAGAGGAAUGACGUACGUACUAGAAAAAAAUCGCUAUUUUUCAAGCACACAAGCACAAAACUUUUUUUCUUCACAGGUGGGAUUAGUUAAUCCACCUAGUGGUCUUUUUCCCCUCCCUGCAACAUCACCAUACCAUCCCGAUGUUGCGAAAAUAAAUUGAUUGAUUGAUUUAAAUUUGAAAAGAAAUGCUCUCAAUUCUGAAAAGUAUACCUUCAAUUAUUAAGUUUUUAUCGAAUCACCUCUCAAGGCUUCAAAAUUUGGUCAAUUUUCAUCUUUUCUCUUCUCUCAAAUCAUUUUUAUUCCACAUAUGGGUUUUUCAUUCCAAGCCGAUUGAUUUUUUUUAGGAAAUAUUUAGGAAGUUCCUGCUACUAAUUUUCUAGUGCCGUGUUCAAAGUGAUUCCGCGAAAUGCAAAAUGCCCGUUAGAGAAAGGAAAAGAUAACUAAAUUUUGGAGAGUCAGAGAUCAUUUUGCAUUUCGCGGAAAUUACUUUGAACACGGCAUAGAUGUGCGGGAAUCUGUCGGAGAUUCUUUGAAAUUAUCGGUUUAUUUAAUCUAAAACUCUUUCAGCAAAUGCAAAGAGAAGGAGCGGGGAGCCGGCUUCCCGAAGUGAAAAACGCUUUGGAAUUUUUGACUCUCGGCUGGGAAGGUCUUAUUUUUCGUCAUAUUUUAUAUUUCCACCUUGACUUCUUCAGGAACAAGAAGUACUCGAGGACUGCUGCUGAAAGUCGUGCCUCUGCAGGUUCUCAUCGCUUCGGCCUCUGCUUAUUCCUUACUAUGGGGCCGAGAAAGGUUAACUUUUUUCUUCAUUUAUUUUCAGUGUAAUUUAGAAGUUUCACAACGUUUUGUAAAAAUUUAAUAAAAUCAAAAACCUUUUUAAGCUUCUCAAAUAAAAAGUUAAUAAGGAUCAUUUUUUUAAAUUUGUAGCUUCAAAUAAAUAUUUUGGACCAUUUUCGAUUGUUCCUUUAGGCAAAAAAAUCAGCGGCAACUCCUCUUUUACUUCUAAAUAUUAAUUCAAGAAACUUCUCUAUUUGAAUAAAGUUCAAAAGUUUGCAGGAUAUUCCAAACGAUCGAUUCCGACCCCGAAAUGGCCAAAGAAAUCUUCCUAAAGGCUCAGUUGCAAACAAGUUUCAAGCAUAAAGUCGUCGAAUACCUUCGAAAAUUGCCAAUUUUCGGAGGAUUGGUCGAAGAUUCGCCCGAGAAGCAGCCACACUAG